AUGUUCCCUAGACAUUCAUUACUAUUCGCUUCUAGACAAGCGUCUGUGAGAUUAUCCAGACAAAAUAUACUAAAGCAAAACUUUAUUCGUUUCAAAUCAUCCAAGCCUGAGGCAUCACCAAAAUUCAAAGGAGCUUCAUCUACACCACCACCUCCUCCACCUCCUCCAAAGGGUUCACCUAAAUCAAGCAUCUAUAAUAAAAUUUAUAUAGGUGCAGCCGGGUUAGCAUUACUUUCCACCAUCGUAGUCAUAGUGAAGGAUCCUAGUCGUCCCCCAACCGCUGCCGUUGAGCCGGUUACCAAAACCAAAGCAGGGCCAGCGUUUGCUGAAGGAGAUAUCUCAGUUGUUUUCGUAUUGGGAGGUCCUGGAUCUGGGAAAGGUACCCAAUGUAAUAAAUUAGUUGCCGAACAAGGAUUUGUCCAUUUAUCUGCUGGUGAUUUAUUAAGAGCGGAACAAAAUAGAGAAGGAUCCAAAUAUGGAGAAUUAAUUGCACAAUGUAUUAAAGAAGGUACUAUUGUUCCACAAGAGGUUACUAUUGCGUUGUUGGAACAAGCAGUUAAGGAGAAUGUAGCUAAUGGAUCUAAGAAAUUUUUGAUUGAUGGAUUUCCAAGAAAAAUGGAUCAAGCUAUUACAUUUGAAGAACAAAUUGCAAAAUCUUCAUUUACUUUAUUUUUCGAAUGUCCUGAAGCAGUGAUGUUGGAAAGAUUAUUGGAAAGAGGAAAGACUAGUGGAAGAACUGAUGAUAAUAUUGAAAGUAUUAAAAAGAGAUUUAGAACUUUUAUUGAUACUUCAAUGCCAGUGGUUGAUUAUUUUGAUAAACAAGGUAAAGUUGUCAAACUUAAUUGUGACCAACCUGUUGCAAAGGUCACUACUCAAGUUAAAGACGCUUUGGCUUCUAGAGGUAUUUAG